CAACCGGCUAUGCAAUUACACCGGUCUAUCAAGAAAUUGAAAAAAGUUAGUCAUUGUACCUCGUGUGCGCAUGGUUAGUAGGAUAUUUUAGUCAAUUUGGAUUCGUCUGCGAACCAGGCUACAGGGCUAUUUUGUUUUCGACUGCAGUUUCCGAUAACCAGGAAACGAGUAGUUAGCUACACGGGUUAAAAUAUCCUAAGUUUUAGGAGUUGUUAUUUCCUGGUUCGGGUGGAAGCCAUUUUGGGAUUCAGACGACAAGGGUCUUAGUUCUGGGAGAGUAAUUAUCCGGUUAUUUACUUUUUAUGUUACAAAACUGUAGCUAGCUAGUCAUUCCUACUUCCGUGGACCGAAGGGGAGCGCCGUUUUACAACAAGAGGGGGUUUACUGUGACAUAUCCACGAUGAAUCCUGAAUAUGACUAUUUAUUCAAGCUGCUUCUGAUUGGUGACUCUGGUGUUGGAAAGUCCUGCCUUCUCCUCCGAUUUGCAGACGACACGUACACAGAAAGCUACAUUAGCACUAUCGGAGUGGACUUCAAAAUAAGGACCAUAGAAUUAGACGGGAAGACGAUCAAACUUCAAAUUUGGGACACUGCAGGACAGGAGAGGUUCCGAACCAUCACGUCCAGUUACUACAGAGGAGCACACGGCAUUAUCGUAGUUUAUGACGUUACAGAUCAAGAGAGUUUCAAUAACGUGAAACAGUGGCUGCAGGAGAUCGAUCGCUAUGCCAGUGAAAACGUUAACAAGCUAUUGGUUGGGAACAAGUGUGACCUGACAACCAAGAAGGUUGUGGAUUACACGGCAGCAAAGGAGUUUGCCGACUCGCUGGCCAUCCCCUCUUUGGAGACCAGCGCCAAGAACGCCACUAACGUGGAGCAGGCCUUCAUGACCAUGGCUGCCGAGAUCAAGAAGAGGACGGGCCCCGGGGCCACAGCCAGCGGCCCCGACAAGUCCAGCGUCUCCAUCCACAGCACGCCCGUCAAGUCUUCCUCCGGGGGGUGCUGCUGAGGCCCAGAGACCCUCCCCCAAUGCAACAUGCCCCUGCCCCUCCCAGAGUGUACACGUUGCCCGAGUACUGUAAGCCACACUACCAAAAAAAAUCCUCCAAAACUGAAAUGGCAAGGUCAGAAAUUACGUACUGGUCAGCUCUCAAGCUGCUUCGAUUCCUCCUUCAGAGAUGACCAAUUUCAGUUUCAGAACUGAUGAGUGUGUGUGCGCGUACAUGUGAGCGUGUUUCAGUCUUAACGGCAUUCCUACUACAGUACUGGUGUUCGUUGAAUCAUAUUUUCUGUCCUUUUUUCUCUUUUUUUGUCUGUUUUCUUGACUGUUUACUUUGCUGUUGAUAUCAGCACGUUUUGAAGUUAAUUUAUGUCCUCUGAAUACGAAGCUCUGCCAAUGCACAACAGCACAACUGUUUCACUGUCCAGUGUCCGCAGUCUGGUGAAAUAUAUAUGUACAUAUGUGUAUGUAUAUGUAAGAUCUUGUUUGUCAUGUGGAGUUAAAUGGACUACAUUGUUUUCCUUUAAAAUCUCUGAAUUUAAUUUGCAGCUGCAGACUGUUGUCAUUUUGUCACACAAAAUAACUAACUAACGGAAGAAAGAUCUAAUAAAUAUUGUACUACCAGACUGUACAAUAUACAAAUUGCAAUUCUUGGUGGCCUGUGUAGGAUAUAUUUUGUGUGUUAUAAUUAUUUUUCCAACAUUUAUGUAUGGCAAAUAUAUUGUACCAGUAAUUUAGGCUGUUUGCAAUUUGGCCAUUACCUGUGUACUACCUAAUUGCAAGUGGCUGUGGUUGAAUUGCACAUAUGAAACACUAGGUUCUUUUUUUCAUAAUAAAGGCAACUGAAUUCAGUUUUAAA